CAUACUUAAAAAGUGGUACGUUUAAGUCCGCUGCAAAUAGAUCGCGUAGUAAUCUUAUUUAGUAGUUAAAAAUUAUGACUUAACUCUUGGGAAUCGUAAUUAUGUUUGCAAUAAUACACUUCACUGGCAAUCAAUUUAAACUGAGAGCAAUGAAUACAACUCUUAAACACUACAUUUAAUUAAUGCUUUUAUUCAAAAAAAUACGGACUACUUCAACAGAUGUACCGGCAUACAUCCGAGGUUGUUUUUGAAAAAAUGGCCGAGGAGUUCCGAAUGGAAAGGAACCAAACUCCGCGCAGUGUUACUUCCCUUGCAGUACAGUAAUCACUGCCACCACAAGAUUUUCAUCCAAAACUGCGCGGAGUUUGGAAAGGAACAUGCGAGGACUUUUGUAAACUUUAUUGAAAUGGCAUCUUACCAGGGACUAUGAUAUGUUUGUGGUGUUAAAGAUAUGAUGUAACAACGUGUUAUCUAAAGAAAUAUCUCAUUGUUUAUAUCCAAAUCAACAUACAAACCAGUGAAAUCGAGUUGAUGUGUGAAAUUUGACAGUUCGUGAAGAUGAAGCUUAAUAUUUUGAAAUAUAUGACAUACAUGGAAGAAUAAUUUGUAGAUAAAGUAUUUUCCACGAAUUCAACAACAUAAAUCAUGCUACAUUAUGGAGUGGAAGUUCAAUGAUAUUGUGUAAACAUUGUGUAAAUAUUUGCACACACUUUGGAGUGUAAGCAGAAAACUCAAAACAGUGCGGUCACACAAGUUUAACACGGAUCCUUACAGGAGUUCUAAUGAAGAAGAUUUAUAUUCAUAAAGAUGGAGAGAAGACCUAAUCUGGAUGAUUUGACAAACAUUGAAAUCAUUGAUCGAUACCGUCUUGAUCGUGAUGGGAUCGAUUAUGUGGAAAACAUAUUAUCAAGACAAAUAACGCCAAAAGCGUAUCGAAACCAUGCCAUCUCUGCAAGGCACAAACUACUUAUAACCUUAAGGUUCCCAAAAGUGAUGGGCCUCAUAGAUGGCACCCACAUAAGAAUUAGGGCACCGUCAGAAGACGAAUAUAUGUAUGUAAACAGGAAACAGUUUCAUAGCGUAAACGUGCAGGUGGUUGUGGAUGGUGAAGACAAAAUCAUCGACAUUGUAGCCCGCUGGCCGGGAUCUGUUCACGGUGCCAGAAUUUUGCGAGAAAGUGGCCUAUCCCAGCUCUUAGAUAAUGGGUUUGGAGGCCAUGAACAGUUCCAUCUACUGGGUGAUAGCGGCUAUCCUAGUACGCGAUGGCUGCUUACACCAUAUCUGAACCCCCAAGGUUUAGCACAAGAAGCUUACAACAGAAGCCACAAAACAACAAGAUCCAGGGUAGAGAAAGCCAUUGGACAGCUGAAGAGGAGAUUUGGUGUGCUCCAUACAGAGAUUGCCCUUUCACCAGAAAAAGCCUGCAAAGUAGUCAUCGCUUGUGCUGUGUUGCACAACCUGUGUAAAGCAAGAGGGAUUCCAUUUGCUGACAACCAAGAUGAUGACAAUGGAAAUAACAACAAUGGUGAUCCAAGGCCACAAGACCAAAUGCCCGGUUUGCGAUACAGGGAUUAUUUUGCUGCUACAUAUUUCCGUUGAUCACUUCCAAGCAUAGUUUACAGUGUGAACAUUGAUUGGAGCAUGAAAUGUCAUUUGAAGAAAAGAUAGUGUCCACAUUUAAGACUGGCUGGAAUUCUGGAAACGUCUGUGCUUCAGAACUAUGUGGAGUAACAGCA